GUCUCUUUUGUUUCAGCCCUCAUCGCCGCCAUGGGAAUGUUGCCGCAAAACCAACAACAGGAUCAGACCUCCAUGGACCACAGCCACCAGCACCACCGCAUGAACGAACCCGCGAUCCAGAUCAUCGCUCCCCAAAAGAGCGAAUGCACAUUAUGGUCCCUGGUGCAGUACGAAUGUGAUCUCUCACCCGCCAGCAUUGUCUGUCGCCCCGUCUACCGUAUCCUGAAAAAAUGUAAAGGAAGACCAACUGUCGAGGUGACGCCGCUGUAUGACCCUGUAGGCAAUGUCUUGCAUUCCUGAAGAACCGCACCGCACAUAACGGACCAUACCACGCCAUCACGGGAACACUCGCCCCCUCAACGUCCUUUGUACAGAGGACAUACGCCGGCACAUUCAAUGUACAUUACGAGCGCGUAUACCACUCCCACGAUGGCAAUAGUAACAGCAAUAGCAACGACAACAGUACCGAUAAGAGCGUCAGCAUCAGCAUCAGCAUCAGUAUCAGCAUCUCUCUCUUCCAAAAAAGCAGGAUAACACUGAGAAUUCGGCAAUUGCUUUGCAC